GUGGGUUCAUAAUUGUAUUGAAUAGAGAAAUUAUUUUGUAAUAACAUUAAAGAUCUGUUACGUAACAUGGGUUAUUUUCUAAAUUAAUUUGCAGUUAAUUGUUCGUCAACUUGCAUUGAUGUAAGUAGCUGUAUCCGACGAUUUCCGGGAUGAUGAGCCAGACAUUUAAAUAUAGGUUAAUCUAGCGUGAGAUUUACUGAUACAAUAUUUAAGCGUCGUUUUUACAUAUACAAAGCGUAACAGAGUCUAUUCAUAAAAAGGAAAAGGAUAUUAUAAGAAUUUUUCUGGAAUAAACUGGAAGGUUAGGACCGACUGUAUUGAUACAUCAAUAUACUGAUUGGUCCAAUUGUAUCAAAUGGCUAACACAAGAAGGGAUCGCCAGUGCAUAGUGGAGGUAUUUCAGCAUCACACACGAAGAGACUUUCAUAUAAGCAGCUUCAUUGAAAAACUGAAAAAACACGGUUUAAUAAAUCAACGGCAAUACAAUAAUUUACAUAGCACACAUGACGAUUCUGGGUAUGUACAACUUAUCGAUCUUCUAUGCAAUUUGUUGACCCUUCUGUCGUAUGACAACAUGUGUUUUCUUUUUGAAGAAGAGGGGUAUACUGAUAUCGCCUCUAAUCUAAGAACAAAAAGGUUUACAAUUCGUUACCGGAGACUCCCACAAAUAGAAAUGCCUCAUUCCAAACGGACUCAUGAUUACUACCAACAUAUUAAAAGCUGCAUAGAUAAUAAUUCGUUUUGGGGUGAUAAUAGAGUAAUAUUAAUGCAAUUCAUGCACAAACAAGAUGAAAAAAUCAUGAUGAAUAGAGAUCAAAUAUCGAACCAUGAUCGACAGUUUGCCAUGGAGCGAAAAGCAGCAGCUACAGUUUUACUAAUUCAACAUUAUAAAGACAUUGAAGAACGCAAACGAAUAUUGCAUCAAGCAAUAGGUACAGAAACGAACGGGGUUGAUAAUACAUCAUUGCAAAUUGUUUUCCAUUCAAAAAUGGCAAUAACAGAAGUUGAAGCAGGUAAUAUUCGGAAAGCUGAAGAGCAUAUCGUUAAAACAAAAGAGUUCUGUUUAAUGUAUAGACCUUGUUUUGCAAUAACAUCCGCGUUCCAUGACAUUGAGUAUACAUAUAAAUGUCUUUACUUUAAAAACCCAUCUGACGAAAUGUUGGAAAAGAUUCUCGUUGAAGGAGAUAUAGCUAUUCAGAGUUUGAAUGAAGAAAGUGAGGACGUUCAAAACCUCUGGAGAAGAAUAAUGCUAUUGUUUAUGGUAUUAUCAUUGUUAUUCAUAACAGCAGAUUUCGUGGUUUGCGACAUAACGAAGAUCAAAACAAUUCAUAAGAAACGCGCAAAGAAAAUUUUGAAAGAAAUUAAACGCUGCAGUCAUGAAAUCCAAAUUCGGCGGCAAAUGAUAUUAAAUCUGUGUUUAGCCGUGCUCGAGGAAGAAAAAGAUAUUAAAGCCGCCGAAAUGUAUGCGAAACAUGCAGUAAACAACGCAGAAAACGGUGGUUGUUUUCGUGAAAUAGAAAAACAAAAUGUUAAGGCAUAUUUGAAAAGUAUUCAAAGCAAAAUGAUUGCACAAAAAAUAAGAACAUGUUUUAUGCUUGUUUCUAUUAUAAUUGGAAUAUGCUUUGGAAUUCACUAUUUCAUGGUUUAUUUCACAACUGAUGAUAAAUGUAUUGUAUUCCUAAUAUAUUGUUCUACAACGACUAUUUGUGUGGUUCUUGGUAACUAUUUUAGUCAGGUUUUACCAUUUUCUUUCAUGUCACGAGAUUAAAAAGACAUUAUGCAUUUUAGAUGACUUUAGAUAAUUCUAUGUUUAUAAUGUACUAUAAUUAUCUCAUUGUAUACAAGUCGUACAACAAUUUAAAACAAUGAAAAUCACGUGAUUUAUUUAUUAUUUUUUAAAUUGAUGAGCAAAAUAUUUCAAUAUUCAAUUAUUGUCAAUAGUUAAAUUGCAUUCAUUGAAGGCUUCAUAAUACUUACUGAGCUUUUAUAUUAAUCAAACAUUUUUUGUAAAAAACUGAAAUUUGAAAUGCAGUUUAAAAGCGCAUAAAAUCUGGCUUAAUCGCAUACAUUAUAGAUAUUAAUAUACUAAAGCGUAAAACCACAUACAAAUGUAACUUUAUAACUCUGUUAUAUGUUUAUUGUUUUCAGUUCAAACCCGGAAGAUAUUUGAAAUAUGGAGAGUAAUCAUGUAUUUUUGUUCUGCUUGUUAUUUAAAGGUCUAUUGCGCAACGCUAUCGUUCCGAUAUGGGGUGAAUGCGCAUUAUGUCAGUGCAUUUUAUAAUAUAAACAGUUUAAAUCUAAAUGCAUCGUCAACCGUUAAAAAGUACUAAUAAAACACCUAAACAUGACCUAUAUUAAAAUUGUCAUUAAUGGCAUUCUCGCGAUUAUAUUUUUAUUUAGAUCAUUAUUUGUAAAAUAUUUUAUUUCUACACUACUGUAAAGUCAUAAUUAUACUGUGAUAAUGUUUUGUACGUUCGUUAUCUUGUAAAUAUGCUUUUAUUUUGUCAUCAUGGGCUUAUAAGCCUAAUUUUAUUGGAAUAAAUUGUCUGUCUGUCUGUCAUGUAAAACAUGAUUUUUUUAGACAUUUAGACAAGAUGAUAUUAUAAAAUAAGUUUAUAUUAGUAUAUUAUUUAU